GGACAGUAGGAAGAUGGCGGCGGCCCCGCUGUACUGUGUCUGCCGGCAGCCGUACGAUGUUAGCCGGUUUAUGAUCGAGUGCGACAUCUGUAAAGACUGGUUUCACGGCAGCUGUGUGCAGGUGGAAGAGCAUCAUGCUGUGGAUAUCGAUGUUUACCACUGUCCCAAGUGUGAUGUUGUACACGGACCCUCCCUGAUGAAAAGGCGUAACAACGGCCACAGGCACGACUACACGGAGCCAGACGAUGGAUCGAAGCCGGUGCAGGCCGGCACCUCGGUGUUUGUCAAGGAGCUCCAGAACAGGACCUUCGCCAGUGGUGAGGAGAUCAUGAUGCAGAUGAAGGGAGAGCAUGUGUCGACCAGGUACCUGGAGAAACACGGCUUCAGCUACCCCAUAGUGGUCACCGAGAUGGAGGGCCUGGGACUCAAACUACCGGUCCCUACGUUCUCCGUCAAAGAUGUGGAGCAGUAUGUGGGUGGCAACAAAGUCAUCGACGUGAUCGAUGUGGCACGGCAGGCGGACAGCAAGAUGAAGCUCAGCGAGUUUAUCAAGUAUUACACCAACCCGCAUCGACCGAAGGUCCUUAACCUCAUCAGCCUGGAGUUCUCUGACUCAAAGAUGUCCAAGUUGGUGGAGGUUCCUGACGUGGCUCAGAAGAUGUCCUGGGUAGAGAACUACUGGCCAGACGACUCCUUCUUCCCCAAGCCCUUUGUCCAGAAGUACUGCCUUAUGGGGGUGAAGGACAGCUACACAGAUUUUCACAUAGACUUCGGAGGCACUUCGGUCUGGUACCAUGUUCUCUGGGGUGAGAAGAUCUUCUACUUGAUCAAGCCCAGUCCCGUCAACCUUGCACUAUACGAGGCAUGGAGCUCCUCGCCCAAUCAGAGUGAAGUGUUCUUUGGGGAUAAAGUGGAAAAGUGCUACAAGUGUGUUGUGCCCCAAGGAACCACCCUGCUCAUCCCUACAGGCUGGAUCCAUGCUGUUCUCACCUCUCAGGAUUGCAUGGCGUUUGGAGGGAACUUCCUUCACAACCUCAAUAUUGGCAUGCAGCUCAGGUGUUAUGAAAUGGAGCGUCGCCUGAAAACCCCAGACCUCUUUAAGUUUCCGUACUUCGAGGCCAUCUGUUGGUAUGUGGCCAAAAACCUCUUGGAAACGCUAAAAGAGCUACGAGAGGACAACUGUCCGCCUCCAACAUACCUAGUGGAGGGAGUCAAGGCUUUAAUCAGUGCCCUGAGGACCUGGUUGAAAAGAGAGGUGACUGAGCCCACCAGUGAGGUACCAGACCAUAUCAGGCCGAACCAUCUCAUUAAAGAGCUGACCAAGGAAAUCCGCUACCUGGAGGAGGAGCCAGUCAGUGGAAGCAAGCCAGUGAAAUCUCAGGGAAUCGGGUGUGCGGUAGCAUCCGGAUCAAACGCCUGCCCGGCCACUCGCGCCACGCUGGAGAGGCUGUGCCAGGCCCGGCAGGCGAGAAGGGCUGCCCGGCGGCUGAGGGAGCAGCAGCGGCAGGUCCCCAAAAUGCCCUCCAACCUGGACAUCUUGGAGCGGCACACCAGGGAGGUGCUGAGGAGGCUGGAGGUGGGACCGCUCGAGGAGGAUGCUGCCUUCUGUGCCAAGGUCCGUGGGAAGCUCAACAAAGUGUCGACUGCAUCGGCAGCUGCCGAGUCUUUAGAGGACAACCACCUACGGCUCAUGCUGGUCAACGGACGAAUUAUCAGAGAUUUGAGGCGACCAGCCAGCAGCCCGGUAAAGACGGAGGGUGAAAGGUCAUCUGGUGGCCCACCAAAGAGUUGUGUGAAGUCUGAGAGGACACAGUACAGUCAAGAGCAGCACAUCACAGUCGAGAAACCCACACUCCUCAGUGGUCUGGAGAGGGUGAAGACUGAACUCAGGGAAGAAGUCUCAGGACACUCCAGUGGGUCAGACACGGAUUCAGACAGUGACUCUCCCACAGAGCGUAAAGCAGUGUCGUCGUCCUCCGCCUCGUCAUCGUCGUCGUCGUCCUCCGCCUCGUCGUCAUCGUCCUCCUCCUCUGACGAGGAUUCGGGGAGUUCUCAGGAGGAAGGGGGGGAUGACGAGGAGAGGAGCUCCUCUCAGCAGAGAGGCUCAGGGCACACCAUAGAGCUGGACCCGUCUGGCCAGAAACUCAGGCACAAACACAAACCACUCAAACGAGAACGUCCUACCUCACCCAGCACAGAAGAGGCCAUUCAGGGGAUGCUGUCUAUGGCUGGCCUGCUGUGCUCCUCUAAGCCGGAGAAGGUAGCCUCGUCCCAGGAGUCAUGGUGGUCCAGCUCCAGCCAGGGCUCGCCGCUGGAACAGAGGGAGGAGGCCACGCACCGACUGCAGGGCGACAAGAGCCCGAUGGACAGUCAGGGCAACAGCAGCGAGGCCUGGGACAAUCGGGGGCCGCCCAGCCCGCUCGGCCGAAGCCACGGCGGCAGCCCAGAGGCAGACUACCAGUACUGUGACCCCUCGAUGUCUCCCCCUCUACACCCUUCCAAGAGGCAAGCCCCCAACCCCCCACCGAUCAGCAAUCAGGCCACAAAAGGCAAGCGGCCCAAAAAAGGAAUGGCCACAGCCAAGCAGAGACUGGGGAAGAUCCUGAAGCUCAACAGACACAAUCGUGUGUUUGUGUAACAAUUCACAUUUUCAAAA